AUGGCUAGGUUGCGGCAGACGCCGCCAGUAUUCAAGGAAUCGCCAUUGCCGUGCGCCCCUCCGCCAAGCCCUGUGUUGGGUUGUCGUCGGAAUCUUGGUUUUGCGGUGCUUUCGUCGUCUCCAGAGCUGCAAGAAACUCAGGAAAUUGCAGAAAUGAAUGAUUCAUUAGUUGUUGCACUGUCACGAAUGCGAGUGGAACAGUCCUCUUUGAAGAGAAAAAAGCACUCUGAGCACGAACUUCCUCCGGGACUUGAAAACCACGAUCGAGCGCAACAUGAACAGAAAAGAGCAAAAAAUAACCAAAGACAGUCAGGAAGUACAUCACUGAAAAGGCAAAGCCUCUUAACUCAAAGUUUACCUACGGCCGCUGCGAAUACUUCAUUUCCUGUUCCAAGUACGUAAAAUUUACUUUGGUGUCCGUGAACAAGUGAAAUUUCGAGCUUUCAUCUCUGAGAAAAUGUUCCCUGAUAUGAAGAAGACUUAAAUUUGCAAAUACUCUUUUUCGUGAUCGAUAACUCAUGCUGUCAUCUGACUAACAUUUUAUCAUCGGAAUAUGUAGCAUUUAUUUUUGAAAAUAGUACUCUCUGAAUUCGUCUCGCUUUCAGCGGCCACUGACAAUGACUGAUGUUUUGUGGCAUAAAUUCUUGACUAUCGAGAUUUGAGAAGUACAAUUAUAUUCACCUCUUUUCUUGUCUCGACUUCACUAUCAAAUAGUGGGUAAAAUGUACAUGGAUAUCUUUUGAGAACAAUUUAGAAUGGAAAUUUUACAAAGAAAUUAAAUGGCUAUAAUCGGAAAUAUAUGAAAUUCUCGAAUUUUUCCUAAAAUUUAGGAGGAGUUGAAUACAAGAUGGCGUUUGCUUGA